AUGACUGUCGCCGAGUCAGUGAAGAGCGCCGUUGGGCUUGGGGAUAGCACUGUCGCUUCCCGUCAAGAAAUGUCCGAUGCUCGUCUUCCCCUUCCGUACCGAGACUCCUGUGCACACCUCCUGAUCCCAUUGAACCGGUGCCGACAGCAGGAGUACUACCUUCCCUGGAAAUGCGAGGAUGAGAGACACAGCUACGAGAAGUGCCAAUACGAGGAAUUCAAGAAGCGCGUCGCCAAGAUGGAUGAACUGCGAGCCGCGAAGAACGGUGCUCGGAGCAAUUGA